AUGAACGCCCGCUUGCGGUUCCUCCACGCCCCAAAGAUCCCUGGAGCUGCCCCGCGGCCGCAGGAGUGGCUUUGGAGCAGAGAGGCUCUGCGGGCCCUCCCGGCCUCCUCCCAGGCCGUGCCCGCCCCGGUGCUGAUAUUUGACCCAGGCUCUCUUGCUAUUCCCAGCUCCUUCAGAGUCCCGGCGUACCCGGGCACCGACCACUCCUGUUCAGCAAAGGAGUCAACGCCAGCCGGCUCCAGGACGGACCGGCCGCUGGCCAAGGCUGGGCCAGGUAGAAAUGGUGGGAACACCUUUCAGGUCACUGUGAAGAGGUUCAGCCGCGGCUCCCCCGGCUCCGGCAGCAUCGCCUACCCGGGACCCGCAGGGGAUAUUUGGAUCUUGCAGGACCCCAAGCCGAGCCGUAAAUGCCACUUUGGGGGUUCUUGGGGGAUCCACGUGGCGAUCGCCUGGUACCAGCGGGGGCGAUAUCGGUUUUGUGGCUCCCCAAAAGAGCUGGGGGUGGAACGCGGGAGCCCCGGAAGCAGCUCCACGACACAGGAAUCCAACGUGGAGGAAAAACCCCAGAGAUCCCGCAUGAGGAGGGACUGCAAACACAGACCACAGAGAUCUGAGGAGGACAGACCCAUCCUGGCCCAGAAAGGUGGCUGGAGAUGCAGCCAGAGCUCAGAGCUGGGUGUCCAUGAGCAGCUUCACGAUGGGGAGAAGCCUCACAAGUGCUCAAAAUGUGGGAAGGGCUUCAGUAAGAGAUCGUACCUGACCCGCCACUGGAAUAUCCACACUGGGGAAAGACCCUACAAGUGCGGGAAGUGUGGGAAGAGCUUCAGAGACAGUUCCGGCCUGUUUGUCCACCACAGGAUCCAUACAGGGGAACGGCCAUAUGAGUGUGGGGCAUGUGGGAAGAGUUUCAGAGACAGCUCUGAUCUGAUCCGGCACCAGAGGAGACACAAGGGAGAACGACCCCAUGAGUGUGAGGAGUGUGGGAAGAGCUUCAGCCAGAGCUCCCACCUGAUCAGCCACCAAAGGAUUCACAGCGGGGAACGGCCCUACAAGAUCCACACUGAGGAAAAGCUGUACAAGUGUGGGGAAUGUGGGAAGAGCUUCAGAGGGAGCUCUGACCUGAUCCAUCACCAGAAGAUCCACAUUGGAGAACGGCCCUACGAAUGUGGGGAGUGUGGGCAGACCUUCAUCCACAGCAGCAACCUGAUCUGGCACCAGAGGAGCCACACAGGGCAGAGGCCCUAUGACUGUGAUGAAUGCGGGAAGAGGUUUCUGACCACCUACCGUCUCCUCAGGCAUCAGCGGACACACACAGAAGAGACCCCCUAUGAGCAUCCCAAGUGUGGGAAGUGGUUUCAGACUGGCUCCAAUCUCAAGCAUGAGCAGAUUCACACGGAUGAGAGACCCUUCCACUGCCUCGACUGCGGGAAGGGCUUCAGGUGCAACUCCAACCUCAUCAGGCACCAGCUCAUCCACACUGGGGAGAGUCCCUACGAGUGUCCUGAAUGCAGGAAGCGGUUUCAGACCAGCUCAGAUCUCCUCAAGCAUGAACAGAUCCACAUGGAUGAGAGGCUCUUCCGCUGCCUCAGCUGUGGGAAAGGCUUCAGGUACAACUCCAACCUCAUCAGGCACCAGUGCAUCCACACUGGGGAGACGCCCUAUGAGUGUCCUGAGUGUGGGAAGUGCUUCUCCAGGAGCUCUCAUUUGACCCGCCACCAGCGUGUCCACACUGGGGAAUGGCCUUAUGAGUGUCCCCAGUGUGGGAAGAGGUUCCAGAGCAGCUCUGAUCUCCUCAUGCAUCAGCGGAUGCUCAUGGAGGAGAGGCCCUUCGACUGCACUGAUUGUGGGAAAGGCUUCCUCUGUAGCUCUGACCUGGUCAAGCACUGGCGCGUCCACACUGGGGAGAGGCCCUACAGGUGCUUAAAGUGUGGGAAGAGCUUCACCCAGAGUUCUGCCUUGACCUCACACCAACGGACCCACUGGUAA